AUGCCUAGACCAGGUCCAAGACCUUAUGUCUUUGAGAGAAAAGCUUGGCACAGUGAUACUCACCAAACCAUCAGAGGUUCCCUUGUUCAAGAAAUCUUCAGAGUUGUGAAUGAAAUUCAUAGCUCUUCAACUAAGAAAAACAAAGAAUGGAAAGAGAAGCUCCCUGUUGUGGUUUUGAAAGCUGAAGAAAUCAUGUACUCGAAAGCAAAUUCUGAGGGUGAGUAUAUGAACAUUAAAACCCUAUGGGAUCGAACAAACGAUGCUGUUAACACAAUCAUUAGACGAGAUGACAGUACUGAAACUGGAAAGCUUCUUCAACCUUGUAUUGAAGCUGCUCUCACUUUAGGCUGCACGCCAAGAACCUUGAGCAGCCAACGAAAUUGUAGUCCAAGGUGUUACCUUAACUCGGCUACUCAAGCAAAUCUCAUGGCUAACUCACAUUGCUUGGUUAGCUUUACGAAACCUGCAACCGUGAAUGCGAUUCGAUCGAGCUUUGAAUCUCCGAAAUACGCUGGCCGGGAUGGUUGUUUCACCACUUUUGCACCUGGGAAUGUUUCUCUACCUAAUAAUAACCAAUGGUUACCUUCAGAGAAGUGUUCAGUUUAUCCACUUUACUACUAUGGCAAUGAUCUUAAAUCCGAAGAUCCGAGGCAUGGUUUCGGUAUCUUCCAUAAGUCUGCUAAGAUGAACCAAAUAGGUGUUAGAAGUUCUUACAACAACCCAUACUGCGAAAUCUCCUGUGAUAUAUCGUUGCGGUUGGGCCCUCUUUCAACGCCAUGCCUUGGAGACAGUCGGAAUCGAGAAACCAAAGAUACCGAUUCCAUAAUUGCACAGUGGAACAGGUCCCCUGCAAUUGAUAAAAGAUUAUCUUCCUUUCAUAAGAGCAACAGAUAUGACCCCUUGAACGCUUCUCCGGAGUCGAAUGAAUGGAUGAAUGUGGAUGCUGCAAUGAGGAAGAGAAAGAUGCUUCCAUGAUCCACAAGGGAUCAGCAGUUUUGCUUUGUCCCCACAGCUUCCUUACAGCCCCUUAACUGGAAGAAUGAAAAGUGCAGGAUCCUCGACUUCGGAACCUUUAGAUCAUCGACAUCGACUUUAUGUAAAUCUGCAUAUAUUUAGGAGUUUCGGUUAGAUGAGGCAAUCGACAGCAAACUAAUAGGAGAGACUCUUGAUCCGCAAU